AUGUCUGUUAUUCAACUUGAAGAACUCGUGUCCUACCAACUGCGAACGAGCUACCUGGAUGAAAUAGCCGACGGUGUUGGCGAGCGAUUACUUACCGUCAAUGACAACUUUUUAAAUUCCGCCGCAUUCAAAGCCGCAGGAUGGCGCCCCAACUCUUCCCACAUCAAGCGGACACACUCCCCUCCAAUCCCCACGGCCAUUGCCUCCGAGUACUUCCAAGCACCGCGACAACAAGGGCUCACACUUGAAGACGGCGAGGAUGACGGCGGUAUGCUUACGGGCGGAGGAGCCGACACCAUGGGCCCCGGGAUGGCUACUAAGAGGCGCAGGCGCCGGGAGCAGAUGGAGGAGGACGACAGUAGCGAUUUGACCGACGAGAGUGACGAAGAGCACGACCAACGAGCCGCACAGCAAAUCAAGUUUUCCAAGAUGCCAGUGAGACAACGAGCAGGAUCUUCGCCAUCACAGGUGUCUCCGGUAAAACUCCAGACAUCACCCCGAGUGCCUAGACGCGGCUCCCAGUCGGCUUUGGAGACGGUGCGAGAGAGGCCGCGUAGGGACACGGUCACCAGCAGCGAGAUAUCGUCCGAGAACGAGUUUGACGUGCCCGCAGCUCAGAGACAUCGAGAAGCAGCGCGUGCUGCGGCAAGGGCUAUGCGGCUACAGGACAAAAUUAACGAGGAGCCCAUACCAGGCGGACUUCAAAGGGCUGACACGCAGCUUCUCCCUGAAGAGGAGGAUGAUGAUUCAGACGAAGGCUCUGACAUUUCUGCCGACUACGUUGGGAGUAUGGACUCUGCCUCGAUCCUGGACGGCGUGGAGAACCCCAUCAAUCCUUCACCGACACAGCAGGUUGUAGGGACGCCGCCAAGAAACUUUCCACGGCAGUCCAUGAUUCGGAAAUCACAAUUGCCUGUCAAGCCUGUUGUUUUGGAAGCCCUUCCUCCGCCUCGCCCCAUGAGCAUGAUUCGUCCUGCCAGCGUCGUUCAACCUACGAGCUUACUAUCAGCGGCACUGAAAGCCAAGGAGCACAAGUCGUCAGUUCCGUUUCAAAAGUUUGCACACUACAGCGGUCAAGGGACGCAAGGGUCUAUUGCCGUGCGAAUAUAUGCCCCGUUUUGUAAGACGGCGAGCCAACCCUUUGAGGUGCUCAUCCGCCCUAGAGUUCACGACGGCCAAGGGGCCGAACGGGUGGUUUCAGUAACAGACUUGAUUGGGCUAAGUCUCUACCGGUAUAACGAAGAGAAAAGAGAGCCUCAGAUCCCGCCCCGAAAAUUCAGCGUCAACUGGUGGACGUUGAGAAUGGUGGAGGAUGGCGAAGUCGACGACGACUUUCCACCAUUUGAAAGAACAAAGCCGUUGACGUCCUUUACGACAGUCAACAAUGCGAGCGCAAGAGGUGGAGGCAGAAUGCGGUCCAACUCGACAGCCUACGAUGAGUUCGCCUUGGUGCCCGCUUCGGAGGAUGAGUACGAAGAAAACAAGCGCCUGACGCCGCAGCAAGAUGACAACGAGGCAGAGCAGGGCCAACAAGCAGCACCGCCCCUGAGCCGCGCCAAGAGCCACGACGAUGACCCAACUCCCAAAAACACGCCUGCUCCGCCGCGCAAUCCGUUGACGGAGACAAGCCGGCCGAGACAGAACCCCAUUGUCACGACGACAUAUCGGCCAAAUACACCCCUGGCGGAUACACCGCAGGUCCCUGUUACGGUUCCCAACACUACCCGUGGGCAACAGAAGCUCCUCCGGGUCCACAUCAUGUCUUCGGAUGUAGCACCGGGCCAAAUGGUUACAGUAGAUGUGACAACGGAUACGUACCUUGCCGAAGUACUCGACAUUGUGUGCCGUAAGAGGCAGCUAGACAAGGCAAACCAUGUGCUGAAACUGCCUCGCUCAGGGGCCGUAGUCAUGAUAGACCGACCAGUGUCGUCUAUUGGUAAUGUUUCUGAUUUGGAGUUGUACAGAAGGCGGUUUGCCACGGAUGGUCCACUGAGCAUGACUGGUUCGCCGAGCAGUUCUUCUCCAAAGACCAUGGGUCUCCCUAGCAGUCAGGGCGUGUCACAGCGGAGAGAGAACAAGAGGGAGAAGAUGCUGGGUCCGCACCCGCUGGCGCAAGAGGCGCUGAAGCAGGAUGAAUUCGGCAACGCCAACUACAAGAAGUACACUGUUUGGCGGAAGCAGCCGAUGCGUCUGGUGGGCAUGAGUGAGCGGAUACUCGUCAUUGACGGAGAGUAUAUACACAUUGUGCCGGCUUCGGGAGGCAAGGCUGUUCACGAUGGGGGAGGAAAGACGACGACGGUUCACUUUAGUAAUGUGGUAGGGUGCAAAGUGCCACGGAAGCACCCGACCAACGUCAAGCUCGUCAUUUACAAAGCCACGGAGAGCAAACGGUAUGAUUUCGAGGCUCGAGGGGCGGACGAGGCGGCAGAGAUUGUGGCCGCUUUGAAAAAGGGCAUAUCUCCAUACAGAGAAGUGUAG